CCAACAAAAGUAAAGUUUAGGGAGAAAAUAUUAUUUGAACGUUUCUGCUAUAUUGCAGUGACUCGUUUAGUUUAGAGAAACGUACAUUUGAGAGCUCGGUGUUGUUUCCCUCUGUUCCUUUCUCAGUGUAAAUAGGAGAUAUAAUUCCAGCUCAACUCUGGGAUACUGGGAGCCGAUGGAGCGUAGUUUGUAUGGAUACAGAUGAGGCACGAUGCUAGGCUAACUAACUAGCUACCAAGGAAAUGGUGAGCAUCGACCUUAUGCAGUGAAGAAUACUAACAGGAAGUUGAUCCACUGACAUGGAGGGCAACGGAGAGAUCAGUGACACUGACAGCGGCAUCAUCCUUCACUCAGGCUCUGACAGCCCAAUGACACACACAAAGGAUGUGACCACGCACACACGGGCCAUGAAGCUCAAACACCAGGAUCUCCAAGAACGACUGGAGAUCUGCCUACUGGAGCUGAAGAAAGUCUGCAUCCGAGAAGCUGAGUUGACAGGUCGUCUGUCAGAUGACUACCCGCUGCUGCCAGGAGAGAAGCCUCCGCAGAUCCGCAGACGUAUUGGAGCUGCGUUCAAGUUUGAUGAACAAAGCUUCCCUCGAGGAGCAGAGGAGUCAGAACUGAGCUUUGUUGAUGCUGAGUUGGCGCUUCAGAUGAAGAUAUAUGAGGCGGCGCGCAAGCUCUGUGAGGAGGUUCACCCAAGUAAGGCUGUUAAGAAAAGCCGCUUACAGCAGUGCAGGAGAGAAGAGAAGAAACUGAAACGCCUGCAAGAGACGGCAUUCCAGCUACGUCUAGAGCAUGGCCGUUCAUCACCACUUCCUGCUUUUAAUAUUGCACAACUCGAUGUGGGUACAUCUGAUGACAGCUCUCUGUCUGAUUCUGUAGUGCAAGAUGAAGAAGUGACAAGUCAGUCAUCACAGCUGUCUUCAGUACUCCCUGAUCCAGGAGAGACGGAUCCUCCCCCGCCUCCCACUGUGUCCUCACAGUCCUUCACAAACGGCUCCUACAUGUCUCCAUCUGCGGCUCCACAAAACCUGCAGCAGACUCCUAGCCAGUCUCCCCAUCCAAGCCUGGAGUCUAUGCCGAGUUUCAGCUCAAGCCCCGCAAGUGACCUACCUCCCAUCCAACACUCCCCGUGGACAGAGUCUAGUCUCGACCAACCUUACCAGAAGAACAGGAAGUCGCGCUCUUCCAACAAGUCAAGUUCAGCCAAAACUGAGUUGUUACCCCCCCUGGAGGCAGUUUUUGCUUCCCACCUGAAGCUGGGCCGCAGCCAGUCAAACAGCACACCCUCCACACCAGAGAUGCGAGUCCACAGACAGCUGUCCCUCAGAAUACCCAACCCUGAGUCUCCUUUUGAAAGGGAGCGUGGUCGCACCAGAAGUGCAAGGAGGCGACUGACAGAAUAUGCUAUAACCUUACCGGACACCCCUCUUCCUGCUGUGAACUACGCAAACCAUGUCAACUCUGAGGAUAGCAACUCGGAACACUCGUUUUCAUCUUACAACAGCUCCCCGUGUCAGGAGAUGCUCUGUGAUUCACCCAAACAGUAUCAGUCUGCAUACGCGCACUCUGGCCCCGGGAGCAGCUGUGGACCUCAAGGCUUCCCGAGCCCUGGCAUUUACCAUAAGCCCCGGUAUCAGUCCAGCCCCGGGUUUCCUAAAUCCUAUUACACUGAAGAAACAGCCUACCGACCUGAACUGGACUUGGCACGGAGCUAUUACACCCAGCAGGCUCCCUGUCCUCCCAACAGAUACGAAUAUUACUAUAAAGACGCUGCUGUGCUCCACCAGAGAGCACAGAGGCCUCUACCUCCUAAUAUCAGACUCUCCCCCUCCCCGGCUCAGUGGGAGCAUCCGCAGUACUGCCCCAAUGGCCUCCCAAAACAAGUAGUGAACGAGCAGCUGAAGUCGUGGCACCGCCGCAGUCAGCUGAAGUCCCCCAGGUCCCACUCUCUUGACAGACAGGGAGCCGUCAGAGUUAAAAACAUCUCCACUCGGGAGGUCGCCUUACACCAAAACCAGAUGUACCAUGAGCAGGUUAUCCAGAGAAGGGCUCGUCAGAGAGAUGAGACUCGCUGGGUUGUAGAUGAUGGCUCUCACUUUAUAAGUCAAGUUUAAACCAAGGACCGCACACUGAGACGCGACUGCAUUCAUUACCAAAUAACCAAAGUGGAGUGUUCAGAAAAAAUCAACUUUUUAAGCACCUAGGAAGUUCUUGUUCUUGUUUAUCUGUCUGCUUGCAUUAAAGCAUAAAAACAAAUGCAUCUUACACUACAAUCUAAUACAAAAAUAACUAUGGUUACUAAGAUGACUAUAAAAAUAACCUCUAACAGUAAAGUCGGUUGCUUGGCAGUUGGAUUUGGAUCCAUAAAGUGUACCUAUUGUUUUUGUCCACUCCUUAUGAAUUUAAUGCUUGUUAAAUGUUACUGAGAGCUGUUUGAACCUGCCAUAGUUCAAAAGUCAUAUUUAAGUUUAUCAAACAUAACCACAGAGUUUCUGCAUCUUUAAACACAGGGUUAGUUUUAUAUGUGAAUUGACUAUGAUAUGACAUAAUGAAAUGAAAAUUGACAGCUAACCCUAGCUCUAACACAAUUUUACAUUGCUGCCAGAUUGGGGAAAAUGUAUGUUUUUAAAAAGUAAUAUUUCACAUUUAACUAACAUUAAGGUCUUUGUUGAAGUUAAUCUCACAAGAACUACCAUCAAUUAAUCAUGUCAUUUCUUUACCUACUUAGUUAUACAACAGAGUGUUACAUUAGAUGUGGCAAUCUGUAGGGCAGGGAUCCAACUUCAAUUGAGGAAGUGUUCCAGACAGAGAAGUUGACUUUUUGCUUUGUGGUAAAUGGGGUGCUCGGUUUCUAGCUGUACAAAUACAUUGAAUUGUAAAAUAAUGUAAAUCAGUAACAUAUCCUUUUUAGCUACAUUUUGUGUGUAAUGUUGCCAUGAUUUUUUUUUUCCAACUUUAAGAGGAUUUAAGAGGACUUGUUUUUCUACUUAUUGUGUCUGUAGAUCUGCCAGUUAACUUUAAUUACUUAUAGACUUAAUGAAUUAGUUGAAACUAAAUAUUAACUUACUCAAAUGAGCUAAAAAGUAGCAAAUUUAACAAAAGAGUGUUGAUGUUAGGCAGCUAUUAAAGUGUUCAAAUGAAUUGAAAUGUCCCUAGCUUAAACAGAUAUUUAUCAGUUCUGUUUUGUAACCACUGACAAUGUGUGAUUCACAAUCAUGUCUCACAAUCAAACACGCUUUCAAUGGUAUAUUUGAAUGAGAGCAACCUUCUGCAAAUACAGCUUCACACUGACGGGUCCCUUACAGUGAUCUAUUUAUGUGUUUAUUUAUUGUGACGUGCACCAUUCGACUUAUGGAAAGUCAGACUUGAAAUAGAAAAAAAUAAAUGGACCUGAGUUUGCGAAAUACAGCAGCAGUAAAGACUGUUUUGAGGUGUAUAUAGAAAAACUGAACACAAUCAUGUAACCCUGUGUGCCUCUUUUUUACUGUAUUUUUUAUUAUUUAUCAGUAAGGUAAGGUAAGUAGUUUAAGUGAACCUAAUAAUACUGUGUUUUGUUGCUGAUGAUAAAUCUGUGAAGUGUUUACCCUGUGGAAGAAAAUAAAGACUAAUGUUUGCAUA